CCUCUGACGGUAGGCGUGGCCUCUUGCAAGAGAAAUCCUCUUCCACCAAUGGACGGAACCCUAACAUUUCCGAGCCGCAUUGAACUCGCAUUCCCAUUGGCUCCGGAAGCUUCUUGCCGGCUUUCGUCUUUCCAAAAAAAUAACAAACUGAACUUGAAGCUAACAUUGAAGCGAAAGGUUCUUCUUUAAUCAUUGAGUUGCUAGAUUCUGGACGUACCGGUUUUGUGAAACUACCACACCUGAACGAAUCUUUGGGCAUAACAUAGCCUACCUAACAACUUUCACUGUCAGUUCAGACCUUGAAUUCGAUACCGGCACAUCAUCUGUGAUUGUUUUCCCUCCGCGAAGGAUAAUGUAACUACGUAUACUUUCUAUUUGUAUUUAUGGUGUAUCAAGGAUUUGGAUUUUCUAUUUACAUCACAUGUUGCUGGUCAACGUGUGUUUACCACAAUUUUUGGAUGCUGUAAUUUUGUGAAUUUGAUGAAGAAUGAGAAAUUGUAGGAAUAUAUUUUGUUACGAGAAUUUUUAAACCUCAUCAGAGUUUAUAUUUGAGAUAAAGUUUUUAUAUUAUCCUUACUGGUGGCUACUGCCUGUGAUCUAUUGCCGUUUAUUAUUUGUCUUGGAUUUUUUCUUGUCAAAAUGAUUCUAAGUGAGAAAGACUUGCAACUUUUAAAUUCCCUCCCAGCCUCAGUGCCUGAACAGGAAAAACGGGAAAAUGACCUGAAAAUUGAAUUUGAUGGUACAACAGUUCUCUGCAGAGUCUGUGGUGAUAAGGCUAGUGGAUUUCAUUAUGGCGUUCAUUCUUGUGAAGGCUGUAAGGGGUUUUUCCGGAGAAGCAUUCAACAAAAAAUACAGUAUAGGCCUUGUACGAAAAAUCAGCAAUGUUCUAUUUUGAGGAUUAAUCGUAAUCGAUGUCAAUAUUGCCGUUUGAAAAAGUGUAUUGCUGUUGGAAUGUCUAGGGAUGCUGUUCGAUUUGGACGCGUACCUAAGCGAGAGAAGGCUAAAAUUUUGGCUGCCAUGCAAAAAGUGAAUGCUGACUCACAAGAAAAAGCCCUAAGUGCUGAACUUGAUGAUGAAUACAAAAUAUUGGCUAACAUCGUCCGGGCUCACGAAGAAACUAGUGAUUUUACUAGAGAGAAGGUGGCUAAUCUUGUGGAAAAAGCGAGAACGCACCCUCUGUAUGCUCAAUACACUCCCCAGACACAGACUUGUCCAAUAAAUCCUAUUCCCCAUAUUAUGGAAGCUGGAACCAAUUUGAAAGAAUUCUCUGAGUUCUUUGCCCCCGCUAUCCAAGGAGUUGUAGAAUUCACCAAAAGAAUACCAGGGUUUUCAUUUUUAUCCCAGGAUGACCAAAUCUGCUUGCUUAAGGCUGGUGUAUUUGAAGUACUUUUGGUGAGAUUAGCUUGCAUGUUUGAUUCUCAGGCCAGUAUAGUGGUCUGCCUGAAUGGUCAACUGAUGCGUCGUGACACUUUGCCAGCUCAAAGCAAUGCCAGAUUUCUUUUGGAUUCCAUGUUCGACUUUGCUGAGAGAUUGAAUUCUUUACAUCUGUUGGAGACUGAAAUUGCAUUAUUCUGUGCUGUAGUGGUUAUAUCAGGAGAUCGUCCUGGCUUGAGAAAUAAAGAAUUGGUAUUGAAAGUGCAACAGAGAAUCAUGGACCUGCUUCGAAAAGCAGUGAAUGCUAAUCAUCCUGACCACCCAACCUUGUUCAACGAAAUGAUAAAAAAGAUUCCUGAUCUUCGCACUUUGAAUACAUUACAUUCUGAGAAGUCGGUGCCAGGUCAACUUAACAGCGUGGAGCAUCAUAAUCAGGCAUCAUCAACUGUUAAUGGUGUGGUUGAAAAUAUGGCUGCUGAUACAUCAGUGAAGCUGGCUGACAUAUAUGACGUACAUUCUGUUCCCCAUGAUAUAUGGAACCAGUACUCUCUAGUAUCGCAUCCACCUGGUCUACCCACAGAGGAAGACUUGAGAAGUACAUCUCCUGGACAACAUAGCCAUCAUAGCGGCAACAGUAACGGAAGUGGCGAAUGGAGCAUUAUGGAUUCCAAAGAUGAACAUGAUCUUAUAGGAUCUCCUAAGUCAGUUGGUAAUGGCCUUAGUCAUGAAGAUAUCAAAAGUCCACCGAGAAUGUCCAAUUUCUCCAAUUCUCGUAUCUAUAUGACUGAAGAAGUCUGGCAUUCAGAAGCUAACCAUAUUGAUUAUCAUCACUCAUUGCCUGAGAGGCCGGCUGAAAACCCUGGUUCAGAUCACGGUAGCAGCUCUGGAGAUGAAGGAUGUUACAUUGACAGUCCCAUGAAAGCUGUACUAUAUCCAAAAUUGCACAGAGUAGAUUCACCUACUGACUCUGGUAUUGAUAGCGGCAAAGAACCAAGUAUUUCACCCACUAGUUCAGAUUGUUCCAGUCCCAGAUCUUCUACUGAAGAAAAAAUGAAAGAUGUGAUGGACACUGAUCAGCAUGACAAACACGAUUCUAUUGAAGAUAUGCCAGUUUUAAAACGAGCACUUCAAGCUCCUCCCAUAAUGCCACCCAGCAUGCUUAUGGAUGAAGCUUACAGGCAUCAUAAAAAAUUCCGAGCAGCACGUAGAGAAGCUGAAAGUCCUUCAAGUCCUAGCCAACUAUCACUGGCUAGCACGCACAGCACACUGGCGAGAACUUUAGAACAAGCUCCUAGAUAUCUCAGUGAACAACAGUUAAAAAGAACUGAUCUAAUUCAUAACAUAAUCAUGCAAAAAGAGACCCUACCUGGCCAGCAGACACAUUCACUUCCACAUCAUCAACAAACUUCAACACAAUCACAUCAUGCUGAGGCACAGCUUCUUACAAGUCCCCCUUUGCAGAACAAUUCAUAUCCUUACAACAGUGUUCCUAAUAGUUCUCCUGUUUCACCUUCAAACCUUACCUACGCCACAUCUAAUGCUCAGACGCACAAAAGCAAUCUACUCGUUUAUCAAAAUGGUUACUGUGUACCACCUAGUGGCAAUCCACAGCAAACAUCUGUUUACACGCCAGUUACACUCUCUGCAUGGUCUUUUGGUCAGCAACAACCCUCUCCUGUUGCUACUGUAACAUCUGCAGCCCCUGUACAAGUUCACACUCAGUAUGAACCCUCAAACAUGUCGCAGAACUCUCACAGAAACACAUCCAACUUCUCUUCAACUCUGGUGGUCAAUUCUUCAAGAUCCGGGUCUCCGAAGAUGGUCAUGUUCAAUCCUAGAUCCCCUGCAUCUUCUGCUUCCCCUCUAGUCAUUAAUGGUGUUGGUCAUAGCUCCCCUAGUGCUCCAUCCUCGGGUGGCAUGACAAACGCGAGGUCUGAGACAACCUACAAACUUUCCGGUGAACCUUCUUCUCAACCUCUGAACUUAUCCAAAAAACUGUUUUCCCCACCCAUGUUGAAGAUUGAAUCGUGAUCUAAAGUCUUGGAUCAAUGAGGAAGAAAAAAAACCAAAAUAAUUUAUCAAAAUUUUGAGGUGGAUACUUGUGAUUUUUCAUUUGCACUUCUUCCCCUCUAAAACCCCCCACCUUGUGAUCAUGCACCUGUCGUGUCUUAAACUGGAACUUGAAAACAGCAUCUCUUUUUUCUCUUAAUUUUUCCUGAUGCAGUUGCCAUGUUAUUUAUGUGCCAUUCCAGAGUUUUAGAGGUAACACACAGGUUGUGUCUUUGCGCUUAGAGAGAAAAUAAAAAGUAAUCAUACUGCAGAACAAUGAAUAUAUAAACUCUCGUUGUAUAUAUUGUUUGUAUAAAGAAAACAUUGUAUUCAUUUUGUAUAAAAUAAUUUACCAUAUUAUUGACUUCUAAAGGAGGUGUGUUGCAUUGUAAAUUAUAAAGAAAAUUACUAUAUAAUUGACAUGAUUAUGAUAUUGAUUUAUUGGUAAAAAAAAUAUUCGAAUUUAAAUAUAUUGAAAAGUUUUUUUUUUAAAUGGUGCAAAGUAUCUUAAUGUUAUUUAAACAUCAAGUACGAGAUGUAUAAAGGGUUUAUUCUUUAAGUGAGGUCUGGAGAUUCAAAGGGGUAGGACAGGGGGCCAUACAUUAGAACAUUUUUGGGUAGUAAAAUACUAUGGUUCUUUUUGUAAAUAUUUUCAUAGCACACAAUUCAAUAAUUUAAAUGUUUCCUUUUUCUGUCUUCGUGGCAUAUGUGCAGUGUUCUUUUGCUCUACAGUAUUAUUGUUAAGACAAUUAUUAGUAGGCAUGUUUGUUAUUUUAGGGUCAGUGGUAAACCAAAUGCAAGGGUGAUUGUCUUUAGGGAUAAACACCAUAAUGUUCAAGGACUAACUCAGGGAUGCCAAUUAAUACAAAUUUUAAUUUUAUAGAAAUUUCGUCACUACCCGUAAUUUUACGGAUAUGUACAUGAAUUUUUACGGACAGCUUUAAAAAAAACUACGGGAAUCUAGAUUUUUUUUUUGCCUUUAUUCUUAUUUUAUGGUACAUUACUUUUUAUUUAUGUAAGAUCCCUUUCUUUUAAAAACUUUUUUUUACCUGUCAAUCAUGUAAUUUAUCUUUUAUUUCUAAAAAAAAUUAAUAUACUGUGCUUAAUAAGUGGUACAUAUUUAGUUAAAUUCAAUAAUUGAAACUUUAUUCCUUGCAUUACGGGUUGGUAUUCCUGCUGCCUUGAUCACAAUGGAGUUUCAGUUUAGAGGAUUAUACUUUGGUUGAAAGAUCGUUACUACUAUUAAGAAAUAAACUAUCAAAUAAAAUUCCUUGAACAUAUCAAGAAAAUUGUAGAUCACAUAAAAUCUGAUAUUUUUAAUGAAUUUUUGCUGAUUAACAAUCACCCUUGCCAAAAAUGACACAUCAUCUACAUGUAUAAAAAAAAAAAGCUUCUGUGAUUACAUAUAUAGCUAAGAAAGAAGUUUUAUUUGUGAGUUUUUUUUUUAUUUUGUUAAUUUAUUUAAAGAUAGUGUUAGAAGAAAUUAAAAACUUAGCUCUCAGUGUCAGUUAUGAAAAAUUAUUUAUUGUUAAUUAUUUUAUAUUGUAUUGAAAUCAUUUAUGUUUUUAUUUUAUUAGUAGUAAUGAACCUUAAUUUGGUUUACCAUUUGCAUAAACCCUUAUGUUGUGCUUUUUACAGUCUUUAGCCAAAACAGAAAACACUGUUGCAUAGACAGUUAUGUAGUACAAUCAAACUUUUAAUUUAAGUUCAUUUGAUUAUUCUGAUCUCUAAGAUCGUACAUUGGUGUGGCUAUGUGCCUAUUAUGUGAUCAUGUCGUUUCAUUAAAAAAAAAAAUUUCUGAGUGAAA